AUGGUGGGUAUAGCCCUUGCCAGCCGAACUCUUUUGCUGGCCGAACUGCUGGGAAACACCGUCUUCGCGACAGCAACAAACUCCUCAGAGGCUUGCGAGGACACGCCUGGCUGGACGAAUGGAUAUACUGCAUGUAACAACUACGUACCUGUGGACCCGGACUGUCACAAAGAUGGCGUGGUUUGUCACUUCUACAAGGCGCAUCCCAGCUUCUGUGAGAAAGGGAUGAAGGAUCCCUGGAUGAACUGUUGCACCUGCGGUGGGGGUUCGAGUUUUAAUGGGCAGCGGCCCACCCAGCCUCCCGCACCAAAGGUCAAGAUGCCGAGUGUUUUGGACUGGCUGCCAGGCAUCCACAGCAUGGAGAAGCAGAUGGGGAAGAUGAAAGCGACCAUGGACCAGAAGCUGAAACCCUUUGAGAAGGGCAUGCAUGAGGUCUAUGCCGGCUUGCGACAGCCUGACUUCAACGCGCCGCCCGAGCUGGAAGGCAAUCCCAUGACCCAGGUGAAUCUGGUGGUCUUCUUCAUCAUUUUGCUGGUGACCAUUGCCACCUCCUUGGGAUAUCUCUUGGAGGUGGAAUGCGAUCGCUUGUCUCAGCCGCAGGCACGUUCACCUUUCUGGGCGAGCGCCAUGCUGAUCGCAAGCUACGUCUUGCUGGUUCCUGGCUUGACGCAAGUGAUUUUCAGCUUCAACAUCGUUGUCAACGUCUUAGGGCACCGCAUCGACGUUCAGCCGGAGAAGGGCCACGUCGCCUGCACCGAGACCAUCACUGGCCUGGUGGAGUUGCUGAACCGCACCGGAUCCAGGACGGGGGCCGUGCUCAUCGUGCUCUAUGCGGUCGUGGUGCCCAUCCUGAAGUUGCUGCUGCUGGCGCUCGGGGAGGCCUUCAGGUAUUCCAGUGCACGUGGGUGCGUGAUGAUCUCACGAACGUGCAUCCUUGUCGUCCAGAGCAUCUCCAAGUGGGCGUGCCCAGACAUGUUUGCCUACAUCUUGUUGGUCCAUUUGGUGCGGCUCUUGGACAAUGGCUCCCUUAUCCUCACUGCUGCGAAGCUGGACAUCGGCUUCUCCUGCUUCAGCGUCUUUUGCGUUUGCUCCACCAUCUCGUCUCUGGGAAUCCGUUUGCCGGAGCUACCCAACUCGAGUGCCAGGACGCCCUGGUGCAGUCCGUCCAUGCUGCGGCGGGUCACCACGGUGCUUUGCGUGGCUUUUGUCAUACUCUUUGGCGUUGGCCUUUUUUUUGCCCUGCAUGGCCUUGAGGAUCGAUGA